UUGUGUCGAAAUAUUUAAAUAUUUUAACUUUUCCAAUAUGGCUGGUAAUGAGGCUGGACAUGGUGCUAUUGUCAGAAAUAGAGAUUUGAUUGAUGUGUGGAUAGAAGCACCGAGAGGAAAUAGAAAACAGAAGUUGAUUUGCAAAGAACUUGUACAGAAAACAGCUGAAAGUAUCCUUGAAAUAAUUAAUUUUGAAGAGAGAGAUUGCCGGAUUAAAGUGAUAUGCAAGUGGGGAUUUGAUGGCAGUUCUGGGCAUAGCCAAUAUAAGCAGAAAUUUUCUGAUUUAGAAAACACCGACGAAUUUCUGUUUCUUGUAGCAAUGACGCCACUCAGAUUUAUUGAUAUCGAAACGAAUAAGGUAUUGUGGAAAAAUGAGAGCCCUUCAUCUACUUUAUAUUGUUGGCCGAUCAAGUUUUUAUUUAAAAAGGAAAAUGCUGAUUUAGUGCGGAAUACGGAAAAGGAAAUAAUAACAAAAAUUGAAAAUUUGAUUCCUAUUGAGAUUAAAACAAAAGAAGGGCACUCUUAUAUAAUUGAAGUUGAUAUGAUGUUAACAAUGUUGGACGGCAGUGUUGGAAACGUUCUAUCAGAGACAAAUUCAACUAUGAAGUGCAUCAUUUGCGGAGCCACACCCAAGGACAUGAACACGUUAGCAGGGAUUAACCGUCCUCCUAACGUAGACAAUUACCGGUUUGGUUUGUCAACUUUACACUGCUGGAUUCGUUUUUUUGAAUGCUUACUCCAUAUUGGAUACCGCCUGCCAAUUAAAUCUUGGCAGGUUCGUGGGCCUGAAAACAAAGCUAUAGUCGAAGCAAACAAAAACGAAUCCAAGCAGAGUUCAGAGCCAAGCUGUCUCUAA